AUGAAUGCCGAGAGUUGCGUUCCCUUUUGCGACCCAGCUGCCGCCGCCGCCGCCGCCGCCGCUGCCAUGGAUUCCUUCUACAACGCCGCCUCGCAGGGCAGCGCCGACGGCUCGUCGCCUUUUAGGGCAUUUCCCGGCGGCGGCGGCGGCGGCGGCGACAAGUUCAGCCCCGCUUUCCUGGCCAGCAAAGGGCAAAGCUUCGGCGGCGGCGGAGAAGGUGGCGGCGGCGGCGGCAGCGGCAGCAACAGCCCCAAGUGCCGGAGCCGCUACAGCCAGCCGGAGUGUCCGUCCCUGGACGGCAGCGGCGGGCCGCCACAGCAGCAGCAGCAGCAGCAACAGGCGCUCUCGGCGGCCGCCUUUAACAAGUACCACCCGCACCAGCCGCACCAGCCGCCGCCGCCGCUCUAUGUGCAGAGAGGCUCUUGCAAAAGCCCCCCGGGCUCCGGCCUCAAGCUGCAAGACGCCAGCGGCCACAACGGAGCGCUCCAGCUCUCCUGCUACGCUAAAGAGAGUUCCCUGGGAGACGCCGAGCUACAGCCAGGCUCAGAUCCUGCUGGAAUGGAUGGCAGUUACCUCGGCGUGAAAGAGUCAGGAGUGAAGGUAUCCCAAGAGAGGGCAAGCAACGACCUACCCAGCCCAAUGGACAAGACUGACUCGGAGAGCAACAAGGGCAAGAAGAGACGGAACCGCACUACUUUCACCAGCUAUCAGUUGGAAGAGCUGGAAAAGGUCUUUCAGAAGACCCACUACCCAGAUGUCUAUGCCAGAGAGCAGUUAGCCAUGAGGACAGAUCUCACUGAGGCCCGGGUACAGGUUUGGUUUCAGAACAGACGGGCAAAAUGGAGGAAACGAGAGCGGUUUGGUCAAAUGCAACAGGUCCGCACACACUUCUCUACAGCCUAUGAGCUGCCCUUGCUAACUCGAGCAGAGAACUAUGCCCAGAUCCAGAAUCCAACUUGGAUUGGCAACAAUGGCACUGCCUCCCCUGUGCCAGCCUGCGUAGUGCCCUGUGACUCAGUGCCUUCCUGCAUGUCUCCCCACGCUCAUCCCCACACAACCGGAGGAGUCUCUGAAUUCCUGAGCGUCUCAGGUCCCGGCAGCCACGUGGGGCAGACUCACAUGGGCAGCCUGUUUGGCGGCGCAGGCAUCAGCCCUGGCAUCAAUGGGUACGAGCUGAAUGGGGAGCCCGACCGCAAGUCCUCCAGCAUUGCAGCCCUGCGGAUGAAAGCCAAGGAGCACAGCGCUGCCAUAUCAUGGGCGACAUGACAGGGCUGUGGCUGUUGCCCUCCAGACACUAACCGAACAAACAGGGACGGACAAUCGAACCAAUCCAUCCACUCUUGGACUUGAGGCAGCCGGUGCCCUCCUCAGAGAGAGGAAAUGCAGCACUUUUAGCUACCCUAGGUAUAAUAGCCUUGCGUAUAUUACCCUAUUUGGAGAAUUUUAAGCCAGCAGGGCUUUUUUGUCGCCGAAAACAGGCAUGGGGAAGGAAAUAAUAGCUGUUUCUACUGCGCCACACAAAUCUGUGUUCUCUGUUCACAUGGCAUGUUUCCCCUCACGCUGUCUCAUUUUACCGUUUGCCAAUGAAAAAGGACGGUCAUCUCCCCCUGCUUUUUCUGACCG